UUAAAACCUAGACACCUACGCGAGGAAGCGCCCCCGCCCGUCUGGAGGGGAGGGCGCGACGGCUGAAUUAAUCAAGAUCGGGGCGCUCCGGGGCUGAACGCUGAGUGUUAACCCUUCCAGCCCCCGAGGGCGGCCGCGAGGACUCGGGAGAGCGCAGCGGUCCGGGCCAGGAUGCCCGCAGCGGCCCCGCGCGGCCGGCUUCUGCCAUCUUGGGCGGCUCCGGACGCCCGGCGCCUGGCCCCCGCGGCUGGGCGCGCGGGUUUAAGGGCAGAAGCUCAGGAAGCGGCCCGGGCGGCGAGGAGCGGCUGCCUCCCGCAGCCCCGGCGCGCCUCGGGCUCCUCCUUCCGCCCCAGCGUGGCCAAGUGAGGACUCUCCGGCCGCGGGGAGCGGAGGCGCGGGAGCGGCGCGGGGCCCGAGCAGAGCGCCCGGGGAGGGGCCGGCGGAUACGCGGACGGACGGCUUCCCCAAACCCCCGUCCCGGACCUUAGCGACCGUCUGCGCCGGCCAUGUGGGGACCUGGGGUCAUGGCCGAGGGCCUGUCGGUGGCGCCGGCGCCGCCACCGCUGCUGCCGCUGCUGCUGCUGCUGGCGCUGGCGCUGGUGGCGCCCUCGCGGGGCGGCGGGGGCUGCGCGGAGCUGGCGUGCGGCGAGCGGGAGCGCUGCUGCGACGCGGCCAACGCCACGGCCGUGCGCUGCUGCAAGCUGCCGCUGCACGCCUUCCUCGACAACGUGGGCUGGUUCGUGCGCAAGCUCUCCGGGCUGCUCAUCCUGCUCGUCCUCUUCGCCAUCGGCUACUUUCUGCAGCGCAUCAUCUGCCCCAGCCCCCGCAGGUACCCCCGCGGGCAGGCGCGGCCGGGGCCGCCCGGGGGCGCCGGGCCGCCGGGAGCCGCGGGGCCGCCCGACGACGACGACUCGCCCGCGCUGCUGCGGGAUGAGGCCGCCGCCGGCUCCCAGGACUCGCUGCUGGACAGUGGCGGCGGCGGUCGGGGCCGGGGCGGCGGCGGGUUCCUGGUCCCCUCCUGCGCCUCUGAGCACGAGCUGCGCUUAGUCUCGCCCGCCUUCCUGCAGCUGCCCAGCUACGAGGAGGUCAAGUACCUGCCCACCUACGAGGAGUCCAUGCGGCUGCAGCAGCUCAGCCCCGGGGAGGUCGUGCUGCCCGUGUCGGUGCUUGGCCGCCCGCGAAGUGGCGGCACCGGGGAGCACGACGGCGCCGAGGGCCGCUUCCCGCUCAUCUGAGCGCCCGGGACGGGGCCGCUCGAGGACCUCGAGGACCGAACUGGGCUGGGGGCUGCGGGUGGGACGCACGGCCGGGAUGGCCGUGGCCGCCAACAACUGCCUCAGACCUCGCCGGCCACCCCCGGCCAAUCGCCCAAUCGCCCAAUCGCCCAAUCGCCAGGCGACCGGAUGGGGGUCACACUCUCCCUCUCGAUCUUAAGUUUCCCUACGUUUCGUUCGGUUCAAGGAAACGUUAGGCGCGCGCGGCGGGGCAAGGGCCGCGGACCAGGCCAGAGCGCAACUUCGAAGGAUGGUCCCCGCCUUCGGAUUGUGUUCCCUCGUAAGUGCCUGCUUCCCGAAUCAGAGAACACGUUGAGCCGUCCGGAGAAGGGCAGCAUCCAUUAGGGAUGAGGGGGAAGGGACGAAGUUCCACUCCUGUCCCUCUGCAGGACAGGUCACGGUCUCCCGGGAUGGGUGGAGGGCGAGGAGGGGUAUGGGGCGAGCCUAGACUGGAGACCGCAUCUGGGAAAGAGCACGUAGGGUGUGACCCAAUGCCUCCCUUGAGAAGAACCCCAAACCCUUGCGUGUCUUCCCGGCCACACAGAGUCACAGCUGAUGGCUCACAGUUUGGUGGGGGAAUACCCGUGAUCUCCUGUUAGUUGCUGUACCUAAUUCAAGAUACAGGAAUUGCGUAUAUCCAAGACCAUUAUCUGUAAGAAAGUACAGUUGGACUUUGAUUUUUUCAGUAACUGAGAAUAUAUUUAUAUUUGUCUUUUAUUUUUAUAUUUUUACCAUGUAUUGAACGUGUCAGGGUGGUAUUUCUGCAAUUAAUGACAAGAGCAUUGUUUUAUCAUCUUUUAUAGGCCUUAAUGGCCCAGAAAUUGCUCACCCUCUCAUUAUUGUUUAAUAAAACGUUGGAUAUUAUUUCAUUUACAACGGGGGGAAAGGAGGCAUGAUCGAAUGAGGAAACAUGUGGCAACAUGAAGGAUAUCUUAUUUUCACUAUUUGAGAAGAAUAAAUUUUAUUUUUAGUACUGUGGCAUAAUAUAUAACUUUUAUAAUAACUAUACAUUAUGUAGUCUAAGUCUUCAUUGUAUCAUUUACUACAUAGUUAUAUGAUACAUAUAUGCCAUGCCAUGAAGCACGAUGCCAUGCACUUUCCCCUCCAUUUUCCAUUUGGAAUACAUCCCACAACAUGAUACAAAAUAUAAGAACUUAUUGUGACUUGUAACUUUUGUUUAAAGCCAUUUUGUGCAGUAAUGUACUACAGAAGGAUUCAUUCAGCCUUUCUUAAGGAAAAAAAAAAGUGUCAUUGUAUCAGUUCUACCAUUCUAUAAAAUGUCCUUUAAGCAAAUGGUAAGAUAUUAAAAUGCAUUAUGUUAAUGUACAUAUACAUAUUGUCUAUGUGCAAUACACAUCUGGUAUGCCAUAUAAUCACUAGUGCUCAUGAUUAUCGUGAAAAGGAAAGAAGGAAAACAAAAGAGGUUUCUCUGCUUGAGGGAGGAUGAGUAUUGACAUUAAGAAAGAUUACAUACAUGGACUUCACACGUGUACCUAGAAACAAACAUUCUUAGGAUUGAAAAAGUCUGACAAUCCUGCAAAAUCUUAAAAUAUCUGAAUUGUUUUAAAAGAGGAUGGUUUACUCUAAACUUUCAAAAGCUAAUGACCCUGUCCUUAAUAUCCUCUGAAGUGUAUUAAAACAGAAAAACAUUAAAAUCUUUCCUGUGCAAAUUUUAUCAGAUGUGUGACUAUAUGGUGUUGUAUUAAAAUAUGAAACGUGUAUCUUUGUCAUUUAAAAGCAGUUUUAAGCUGGGAAUUGGCAAAAGCAUCAGGAGCUGAAACAAUAUCAAUUGAGAAUGGUACAUGAUUUAAUGAAAUCAUGUUAUAUAUUUAUGUUUCUCAAACAGUAUAAAUUUUAGCUACAUGUGACUAUCCAUACUACCCACCAAUCAAACUGGAAAGUUGCCAUAUUCUUUUAAAUGAUUUAUCCUUUGAGAGUACACUGUUUUAGACACUUCUUAAAAUUCACCCAUAUCUGAAAUGUCAACAUAAGCAUCCAAGCAUAUAAAGUAUAUCCUAUAUGUUGUUGCUACUAACAUCUUGAACUUUAUAGCAAAACUUUAUUAAAAACACACUUAUAAUCUGGAUCAAGUAUAUUUCUCUAUAUGAACUAUGGAACGUUUCUUUCCCUAAAAAAUUCAGAAUGUCUAUAAUGUAAUACCAAUCAUGUAAUGAGGUUCUCCUGAUUUUUAAAAUUACAAGUUUUCCAUUUGUUUUUUCCCUGUACGCCACACAAACUUUUAUUCACAUCCCUCAGUUGAAUAAAAAUGAGUUUGACUCCA